CAGGAAGCAGGAAGCAGGAAGCAGGAAGCAGGAAGCAGGACACUUUCAAACCCACAAUACAGACAUAUAUCAGCCAUGGCAUCAUUUUUGCGUCGUGCAGGAACCACUCUGCUCCCACGCCAUUCCUCGACUCUCCUUUCUAGGACCGUGAUCGCGCCCGCAGCCCGCCACUUUACAGCCUCGACCUCUUGGCACACAGCAGAGCCAGCAAGCGCAGAAAGCAAGAGUUCACAGGAUUUUAUCGGCUCCACUGCAUCCCACAACGCCAAGGGUACGCCUGAGGCUAUUCUCAAAAAAGCCCUCACCCUAGUCCCGGAGCAUGGUUGGACCACGGCAUCGAUCGCCAAGGCUGCAGAGUCUAUGGGAUAUCCCGCCAUCAUCCAUGGGAUGUUUCCUAAGGGGGGUGCGGAUUUGAUCGACUACUUUCUGCAAGACUGCUUGAAUCGUCUGCCAUUAGAACUGGAGGGCAGAAUGGAGGGAUUGGGCACAAAGGAGAAGAUCAAGUUAGGGACGCUUACAAGGCUAGGAAUGAUUGCGCCCUACAUCGAUCAAUGGCCCGAAGCAUUGGCCAUCAUGGGCCAGCCUAGCAACGUGCCAAUGUCGCUGAACCAUCUGGCAAGGAUUGUCGACGAGAUAUGGCACUUGGCUGGCGACAAGAGUGCCGACAUGAACUGGUACACGAAGCGUGCCUCACUUGCCGCGGUCUACACCACAACAGAGCUAUACAUGACCACGGACAAGACACCCAAUUACGAGGCUACUCAAAGGUUCUUGGAUCGCCGUUUCGAGGAUGCAGCAACAGUCGGCAAGGCCACCAACGAGAUGCUGCAGAUCGCAGAGUUUGGCGCCAAGUCCGUCUUUGGGAUCCUGAACUCGAAGGGAUUCCGCCUCUAGUGGCACAGUACCCCGUCCAUUUCAUUUUUCCGCCAUGCACUCAUCAUCGUCAUCCAGCAAGGCGCAUUCUAACAUCCAUAUCAGAACAAGUAAACGUCAAACGCGAAUAAUUUUUUUAAAAAAAUAUAUGAAAAUAUGAAAAAUACAA